AUGAAUGACCCAGCCUGCAAGGGAACCGUGGAUAGAAAUGUGACUCCACCGGUCUUGAGGUUUGAAUUACCCCUCAAUACGACCAAUUCUUGUGGCAGCCUCUUCAGGACAACCAGCGCUCCAGGCACAGGGAUAUUUUCUGACUUCUCCAACAUCCAGACAGUCAACAUCAGCGGGGUGGUCCGAUCAUAUGAUCCCACCACAGGGACAGUCACUUACAACACUGAGUUGAAGUAUUAUUACUCCUGUGCCUAUCCCCUAGAGUACCUGAUCAACAACACCCUAAUUGAUGUGUCAGCAUCCUCCAUUGCAGUGAAGGACAACAAUGGUAGUUUCAUCAGCACUUUGAGACUUGAACUCUUCAGUGAUGUCAACUACACUACUCCCAUGGUCAUUCCGAAACUGGGUCUUGAGCUGAGAACCAAAGUCUAUGCGCAAGUCAAGGCCACCAACCUGACCUCCCAGUACAAUGUGCUCCUGGACCGAUGCUACGCCUCCAUUUCUCCUCUACCCACUAACUCCACUUUCUUCAACCUGUUUGUCCCUUGCAACAAGGAGCAGAUGACCACCAUGCAUGAGAACGGGAAUAGUCAUAAUGCCCGCUUCUCCUUCCCAGCCUUCCGCUUCAUCGAGCAGCAGAAUGAGACCGUUUCCACCUACUUCCUCCACUGCAUCACCCGUCUCUGUGAGAAGAGCACCUGCAGUACCUUCAUGCAAUGUAACAAGAGGAGGAGAAGGAGUGCUGUUCCUGCUACCGAAGUUGGAGUGACAGAGUACAAAACCCUCACCUCCCCUCCCAUUACCACUAAAGCAGAGAGCAUUGUAGCUUCAAAAGAACAACUCAUGGGCAGCAACAACUCUAACUCCACUUCAGGUCUUGCGGUGACAGUGGGCUUCCUGGCCUUCGCCUGCAUCAUCGCCAUUGUGAUAGCAGCGGUCUUCUACAAGAGGCUCAACCAUUAA